AAUCACUGUUUUUUUUCCCCUCAGGAUUUCAAUACUCCUUUCGGUUUUUUAACCAAGCGGAAAAUGAAAUCGAAGCUUACACGAUACCUUUCAUGACAAGUCGCCAUUUGACCGAUACACGUGUUAAGGCUGAGCUAGAUGGCUUUAACUCUGAAAAUGAUGUAUCAUUUAUGUACAAUGUGGUUCCAAAUGCCUGGGCUGAAAUCAUUAUUACAUAAGAGAGCACUGCUUCUAAAAUGAGUCUCCAUGAGGAUAAAGAGGAGAUGACAGCAGAAUCUCCUGAACCCAGCUGUGUGUGCCCAUGAAGAGUGGCCGAUUCAUCCUACCCCAUCCCCCUCUCUUCAGCGAUGGAUCAUUGACCUCUGACCUCAGGAAUGAAACAAGGUGCUGAAAUUAUUUGAACUGUGAGUGCCACCCUACAACUCUCAACCAACGUGCAGUGUGACUCUGUGGUAAUGUUCAAGCUGAUGCUUCACUAGAGAUCAAUGCAUUUGAUGCCAGUCAUCUCAAAUCCCCUUAACCGUUAAAUGGAUACUACGACAAAGAUAUAACUUUCAUCAGCAGACACAGACCUGGCAAACUGUGUUUUCACAAAUUUAUGACUUGACCUGAAGAAGCAAAGCACUAACAGACGCAGAGAGAAACAGGCUGCAGCAUCUUCAAAACCCAGCAGUGGCAUUAUGUCUCUGGAAUCAGAUUCAUCUGACCUCAGUGUGGAUCUUUGUGGAGAGUUCAGAAUUACAGCAGGACUACGAAAAUAUGCCUGUGAUCUCACACUGGAUCCAAACACAGCAAACACUUAUCUUAUUCUGUCUGAUGAGAACAGGAAGAUCACAUGCAUGUUUCAGCAUCAAUCAUAUCCUGAUCAUCCAGAGAGAUUUGAUGAGUGUCCUCAGGUUCUGUGUGGAGAGAGUCUGACUGGACGCUGUUACUGGGAGUUUGAAUGGAGUGGACGUGAUGCUAUUAUAUCAGUGACAUAUAAAGGAAUCAGCAGGAAAGAAUCUAGAGACUGUUGGUUUGGAUUCAAUGACAAAUCCUGGAGUCUGUACUGCUCUGAUUACAGAUUCACUGUCUGGCACAAUAAGAACUUCACUGAUAUACCUGUCAUCUGUUCAUCCUCUAAGAGAGUAGGAGUGUAUGUGGACGUGUCGGCCGGCACUCUGUCCUUCUACAGCGUCUCUGACACACACACACUCGCACACUUACACACCUUUAACACCACAUUCACUGAACCCCUCUAUGCUGGAUUUAGGCUUUAUUUGAACUCUAUAGUAUCUCUGUGUGACAUUAAACAACCUCCUGUGAGAAACAACAGUGAUACACACACAACCAGGUUCUCUGACUCCAAACCUUCUGGGCUCAAUAUUCACCCACUGCUGAACUGUCAGUCUUGUGUCCAUAUAGCUGAUUCUGAUCAGUGGGUUCAGAUUGAGCCGUCGGCCUGUACAGAUGAAGGAGGGUCAAAGUUCAGGGUCAGCACUGACCCAGGCCGUUACGAGUGUGUCAGGACCAGAAUGCGAUGGGUCUGUGACUGUGACGUCACCCUUCAGUACUGUACCGUAGACGGACACUUCCUCAACACAGAGCUGGAGAGGCUGCAGUGCAACCGGAUCGCUCCAGUGAUUGACGUGACGGUGAUCUCAGGGAAACUGGAGGAAGUUCAUCUGCCCCAUUACGCCUGUUUAGGAGAGUCUGACCCCUCUCUCAAAGAUGCUGUGAAAGUCCUCACCGUAAAAGACGAGGGAAUAACCACAGAACCUGUGCAGUUGACCCGAUUCCAUGCCAAGAUUGUCCAACCAUCCUUCUCUCUUACAACAUUAAUAAUAAGUUGGAUAAUGCGAGUGGAUGAACACUGUGAUCUUCUUCUCUACAUGCAUUCUAAAGUUCCUCUCAUUCUACACGUCUACUUUUUCCCUUUUGAUGAUUGUGCAAAAGAAAAAGUUGAGAAAAGUGAAAAGUCAAGUUACCCAAUCAAGCAUCCCAGACCUGACAGGCCAUUUCGGAUGAAAACGCCACACAUUCUUGACGUUUCAGAUGCCUUGACUAUCCAUCCCAAAGAAGGGAUCACACUCAGAAGAGAAACUCCCCCAAACUACUUCAAGGUCACGACACGUCUGGAGAAUGAUCUUCAAAUGACUCUUAUCAGAAAGGAGAAUAAGGAGGAGGUCUGGACUGCAACAAUUUUGAAAGAUGAACUUUAUCGGAUUAAUCCUAAGAGAGACGAGCCACGUCUGAAUAGUGAGGCAGAUAAAGCACUUUUUUUUGAUAACCAUUGGCCAGAUCUCAUUCAGGGGGUUAAAAAUGUUGGGAUCAUUGCAGAUAGACUGUGUCAGCAGAAAAUAAUUCACGAGGAACAAUAUUCAGAAAUCACACAGAGUUUAACCAGUCAGGAGAGCAUGAGAAAGAUCUGUGAUAUUAUACGCAAACACAGUGAUGCUGUGAAAGCUAAAUUCAUCUCGGUUCUUCAGAAAGAUGAGCUUUACCUUUUAGAACAUCUGUACGAUUCUACACCAUGAGAAUAAUGUGAAAAUAUAUAAAACUACUCUAAAACAGCAAUGGCAAGUCUUUUGAGAUAUUAAUUGCUAAUAACAUUGCAAAUAAAUCUAAUAAGUAUUUGAUAUAUUUAAUUCGUUUUUUUGCAAUGCAAAGUAAACUUUCUGCAGGUAAAAUGAUUUUGUAUCUAGGUCUUAACAAUAAUUUUCUUAAUUGUUGGUGAAUUGCCAUUGUACACAAACCUUCUGUUUGUAAUGUAGUGGUGGGGGUGUUACAUCCCAGGAUGUAUAUGAAUUUAAUUAAGUUUACUCUUCUCUCUUUACUGUACAUUGGAGGAGUUGCUUGGAGUUAAAAGCAGAACAGAGACAGUUAGGGAUUGUGGAGGAUUGGAGUGAAAGUCCCUCCUGCUGACUCCUUGUGUUGAUGUUUGUGGUUAGAUAUUGGACGGCUGCCAAGUACCGCAGAAGUGAUGUUUUUCAGAAUCAGUUGCUCAUUUUGAAUCCGAUCAAAACAUGACAUUUGAUAGUGUAAGAUUUGCAAAAUUUUACUUUGGUCACUUGAAACAUCUAAUGUAAUGCGGCCUAUGUUACUUUGUUUUAUUAAAUGUACCACUGUAUGUGUAAAACAUUAUCCAAAUGAUUUAUUUAUAUUUGUUUAGGUGCAUUGACAAGUGUUGGUAAACUCAUUUAAAAGUAUGACAAAAAUGACAUACAUGUACAUUCCCCUGAGUGGAUUAUUCAUUUCAGUUUAACUUUAUUUUCACUAUUUCUUGCAGAGUUUGUUUACACAACAUAGCUAUAAAAAUGUCUACACAAUAUAGCUAAAAUGUUUACACAAUAUAACAAAAAUGCAAAUUAGACAAGUACAUAAUAUAAACAACUGCAGCGCUAAUCAUAGUUACUGAGAGUGAGUCACAAUCAUGAAAAUGUAAAUCAGACUGUGUUUAAAAAAGCCCAUUCAAAAGAAUCCAUACAUUGUUGAAGACUCUGAUCAGCUUUCCUAAUGCUGUCUUGAAUCUUCAAUGUUGUCGUGCUGAAGUUUGGGUAGAAAUGAUUGGUUACAAAAAGCUUUCUCCAAACAGUGCAGAACUUUUUUUUGUUUUUUUUUGUCGUAAUUGAAUUUUUAAAAAAAAAGAAUUUUCGUAAGACAUUUGACAGAGUAAAUACACAUAAGGAUACAAUUGUAAGCCGCUCAUUCCAAAUAAGUGGCGUGGUGACGUCAGCGGACUUCGGUAAAGUUGGUUUUAUAUUCGCACAUUCGGACUUCUGAUAAAUUCAGACUUUCCAAUAAAUGUGCAAUAAAUUAAUGUUUGCGAAUUUUAAGCAGCGACAUGAUAUUGACAACCAACG